GUUAAAUCAUUCCGAUAUAUUGAAAGAGAAAAGAGUCCAUAUUUCUGUUCACCAAUGUUCACAAAUAGGCAGACUCAUAUUAAUCAUGAGUCUUAAUUAAUUUCCCGUGUACCGAUGCUGGUACAACAAAAAUUACGUAAUGUCACAGUUUACUUAAUUUAAUUAUCCGAUUUACUCAUAUAUAAGUAAGAGGUACAGGUAGACUAAAGGUGGGGACUAAAGCAGAGUAACUGCACUGUACGAAAAUGGAAGGAGUACGACAGGCAUUUGGCAAAAGAAGAAGAAAGAGAAUUGCAGCAAGACUUGAUAUUGAGCCUCCAACCACUGCGUUGCAGUUUUUCAAAAAGGACUUCAGAGUUGUCCUACAAAAAAGGAAUGAAGACAAAAACAAGCAUAUCAAUAUAACCAGACGAUGUCUGAAGAAAUGGAAAAGGAUGACAGCGGAAGAAAAGAAACCCUACCAGGAAAAGGCAAAGGCUGAUUUAAAGAGAUUCCAUGCUGAAAAACGGGCCGCCGAAGCUAAAAAUAAAGUUGCAGACAAAAAUGAAGGCGGAAAUGAUGGUGCCGAUGGUGCAGGCAGAAGUACAAAAGCAGGUGCAGGGGGAAGUACAGACACAGAGGGAGGUGUAGACGCAGGGGGAGGUGCAAAUGCAGACGGAGAUGCAGAUCUAGCUACGAAGCCAUUGAGGCCAAUAAGACCCCAGACUGCUUUCGAAAACUUCGCGGCAGAUUUGAUGGAAGAAAUGGCAGAGCAAAAGCUACCAAAAGCAAAGGUAUUAAAUAUAGCCAGAGGGCGUUGGGAGGGGAUGAAAGAUUCUGAAAAGGAGCCAUACCAUGCGCAGGUGUUCGAGGAAAAGGACGAACAUGAUGACAAUGUGGAAGAAUAUUCCGUUGAAUGUAAAAGACAUGGGAUAGAAGAAGAGGAAGAUGAGGAAGAAGACUGCGAAGACGAAGAGGAAUAUUCUAGCUAUACAACUAAAACUAGGCAGGUGAAAGAAAUAUAA